AUGCCUCCAAUUCCACCUUCUGCUCAAAGACAUGGGCCAACAUGGUUCGACAAACUAAAGAUGGGGAUGCUGAUGGGUGGGACCGUCGGCGGAAUCAUGGGAUUCAUUUACGGCACCGUUACCAUCUUCCAGUAUGGCGCUGGCCAAGCAGGCGUUAUGAGGACUCUCGGAAAGCUCUUUAUGGGCAUCGGCAGCAUCAUUCGCACAGACUCACCUGCGAUGGCAUCCUCCAUAUGGGCAAGGUCUCAAUACCCUCCACUCGUCCACCCACGACAACUUUCUGCCGGCCGUCGGUGA